AUGAAGAUACAUUUCGGAAACCAAGAGCACCCGCAGCACGCGCAAAAUGACGACGUCGAGAGAGCAGAGCACCCGCGAGCAAUGUCGACCGCGACAUCUCACAGGAAGUCCAUUGUGAGCAUGGCUGAAUUCGAGGGAAUGGAUGAAUAUUCCGCUCUACAGAAGUACAUUCAGUACUACCGAGACCCUCGAACACUAUCAGCCAAUGACGAUACGACACCCAAGAAAAAUCCAUGGUGGGCUUUCUGGAGGAAGAAGAAUAACCCUAACCCCAAAGCUCCUGUCCCGGAUUCUAAACUCGUGCCGGAGGAGUGGCUCAAUACCGACAUUCGCCAAGGUAUUACCACUGAAGAAGCCGAGCUCCGUCGCAAACGCUCGGGAUGGAACGAGAUCUCGUCUGAGAAGGAGAACAUGUUCAAGAAGUUUCUCGGUUAUUUCAAUGGUCCCAUUCUAUGGGUUAUGGAACUUGCUGCUCUGCUUGCCGCUGGUCUUGGCGAUUGGAUCGACUUCGGAGUUAUCUGUGGUAUUCUUUUGCUCAACGCCUUCGUCGGUUGGUACCAGGAGAAACAAGCUGCCGAUGUCGUCGCUAGUCUCAAGGGUGACAUUGCCAUGAAGGCAACGGUGAUUCGUGACGGCCACCCUCAGACAAUUCUCGCUAGAGAAAUCGUACCUGGUGAUAUUAUCAUCAUUGAGGAAGGCCAAACUGUCCCUGCAGACGCUCGCUUGAUUUGUGAUUACAAUUCUCCGGAAGACUUCGCCAUCUACAACAAACUCAAGGAAGAAGAAGGCUUCUCUGAUGAAGAUGAUCCAGACGACGAGAAGGCCGACCACGAUGAUGAUGAUGACGAGGGAAGACCUAUUACCCAAGGACAUUCCCUCGUCGCUUGCGAUCAAUCUGCUAUCACUGGAGAAUCCCUCGCUGUCGAGAAGUAUAUGGGAGAAAUUGCCUACUACACUACUGGUGCCAAGCGCGGAAAGGCUUAUGCUAUCGCUGUAACAAGUGCUAAGACUUCAUUCGUUGGUCGCACCGCUUCGCUUGUCGAGGGCGCAAAAGAUCAAGGUCAUUUCAAGGCAAUCAUGAACUCGAUCGGUACGAGUCUUUUGGUUUUGGUCAUCUUCUUCAUCCUCAUCGCUUGGAUUGGAGGUUUCUUCCGUCAUCUGCGAAUUGCUGAGGCACGACCUGGCUGGGGCGAUUCCGAGACUCUGCUCCACUGGGCUUUGAUCAUGUUCAUCAUUGGUGUUCCCGUCGGUCUUCCUGUUGUCACAACCACCACUCUGGCUGUCGGUGCUGCAUACUUGGCCGAACACAAGGCCAUUGUGCAAAAGUUGACUGCUAUCGAGUCUCUUGCUGGUGUUGACGUACUUUGCUCUGACAAGACUGGUACUUUGACAGCUAACCAGUUGAGUAUCCGUGAACCUUAUGUUGCCGAGGGCCAGGACGUGAACUGGAUGAUGGCCGUUGCUGCACUCGCAUCUUCCCACAAUCUCAAGUCGCUCGACCCCAUCGACAAGAUCACGCUUCUCACCAUCAGACGUUACCCCAAGGCUCGUGACAUUCUUGCUGAGGGCUGGAGGACUGAGAAAUUCACACCCUUUGAUCCCGUCUCCAAGCGCAUCACCGCCGUCUGCCACUUGGGCCCUGAUAAGUACGUCUGCGCUAAGGGAGCACCAAAGGCAAUCCUCAACUUGACCAACUGCGAUCCCGAGACUGCCAAACUCUUCAGGGACAAGACUGCCGAAUUUGCGCGCAGAGGUUUCCGUGCCCUUGGUGUUGCUUACCAGAAGAACGAUGGCGACUGGAUUCUCCUCGGAUUGCUCUCUAUGUUUGACCCCCCUCGUGAGGAUACCGCCCAGACUAUCGUCGAGGCUCAGCAACUCGGUGUUCCCGUUAAGAUGUUGACUGGUGAUGCUAUUGCUAUUGCUAAGGAAACUUGCAAGAUGUUGGCACUCGGCACAAAGGUUUACAACUCUCAGAAGCUCAUUCAUGGUGGUCUUAGUGGUACCACUCAGCAUGAUCUUGUUGAACGCGCGGAUGGUUUUGCCGAAGUCUUCCCCGAGCACAAAUACCAAGUCGUCGAAAUGUUGCAACAGCGUGGACAUUUGACUGCUAUGACUGGUGACGGUGUCAACGACGCUCCAUCCUUGAAGAAAGCCGAUUGCGGUAUUGCUGUCGAGGGUGCUUCCGAAGCCGCUCAAGCUGCCGCCGAUAUUGUCUUCCUUGCUCCUGGUCUCAGCACCAUCGUUUUGGCCAUCAAGAUCUCCCGUCAAAUCUUCCAGCGUAUGAAGGCUUACAUCCAGUACCGUAUCGCUCUCUGCUUGCAUCUUGAGAUCUACUUGGCCCUGUCCAUGAUCAUCUUGCGAGAGACUGUCCGAGCUGAUCUCAUUGUCUUCAUCGCUCUGUUCGCUGAUCUUGCAACCGUCGCUGUGGCUUACGAUAACGCUCACUCUGAAGAACGCCCCGUCGAGUGGCAGCUUCCCAAGAUUUGGUUCAUUUCCGUUAUCCUUGGUAUAUUGCUUGCAUUGGCAACCUGGGUCGUUCGCGCCACGAUGUUCCUCCCCAACGGCGGCAUCAUCCAGAACUUCGGUUCCGUCCAGGAAGUCCUCUUCCUCGAGAUCGCUCUCACUGAGAACUGGCUCAUCUUCGUCACUCGUGGUGGCAAGACUCUUCCCUCGCUCCAACUCGUCUUUGCCAUUCUCGGUGUCGACGCCAUCGCCACGCUCUUCUGUCUCUUCGGCUGGCUCUCCGGCAGGCCUGAGAUCACCUCGCCCAACUCGUCCUGGAAGCAGCGCGAGGACGGCUGGGUUGACAUUGUCACCGUCGUCGUCAUCUGGGCCUACUCCAUCGGCGUCACCAUCAUCAUCGCCAUCGUCUACUACCUCCUCAACAAGAUCCAGUGGCUCGACGACCUAGGCCGCAAGGACCGCAGCCGCAAGGAUCCCGCCGUCGAGAACAUGAUCGCUGCUCUCAGCAAGUUGGCCCUCGAGCACGGCACUGACAAGCACGGCGUGGAGAGGUACGUCCUCGCGCCCAAGGCGGCCGAGGAGGAAGAGGAUGAGUAG